AUGGGUGACGCGAUUGGUGUAGGUGAAGGAGUAGCUGAAGAUGGUGGUUCACCAUCUUCCUGGUUUUGUUUUUCUGGAGAAUCAGGUUUUCUUGGAGAAUCAGGUUUUCUUGGCGAAUCAGGUUUUCUUAGUGAAUCAGGUUUUCUUGGAGAAUCAGGUGUUCUUGGAGAAUCAGGUUUUCUUGGAGAAUCAGGUUUUCUUGGAGAACCAGGUUGGAUUGGUGCAGGUGAAGGUGAUGGAGUAGGACCUGGUGGAGUUCCAGAACAAUUACAUAGGCCACCACAUUUGGUUUUAUAA